UCUGAGACGUCCUGGUUGUCAACAGCAGGGAGAGGAAGAGCCCAGAGUGCAGCCCUGAGCACAGCAUCAGCACCGCCUGGGACCGGGCUCUUCUUAGCCGCCGCAGACCAAGGAACAUUGAUUACGAUGAGAAUUGCAGUGAUUUGCUUCUGCCUCUUGGGCAUCGCCUCCGCCCUUCCAGUUAAACAGACUGAUUCUGGCAGCUCUGAGGAAAAGCAGCUUUACAACAAAUACCCAGAGGCUGUGGCCACGUGGCUAAAGCCUGACCCGUCUCAGAAGCAGACUUUCCUAGAACCACAGAAUACUGUGUCCUCUGAGGAAACUGAUAACAAGCAAGAGACCCUCCCGAGUAAGUCCAAUGAAAGCCCUGAGCACACAGACACUGUGGAUGACGAAGAGGAUGGAGACAGCCAGGACACUGACGCAAAUGACUCCAGUGACACUGACCAUUCCGACGAGUCUCACCAUUCUGAUGAAUCUGAUGAAGUGGUCACUGAUUUUCCCACUGACGUUCCAGCAACCUCCGUCCUCACUCCACCUGUCCCGACCGGAGACACAUACGAAGGCCGAGGUGAUAGUGUGGCUUACGGACUGAGGUCGAAAAAGAUGUUCCGCAGAUCUGAAGUCCAGUAUCCAGAUGCCACAGAGGAGGACGUCACGUCACACGUGGAGAGCGAGGAGGUGGGUGAUGCACCCAAGGCCAUCCUGGUUGCCCAGCGCCUCCACAGGGCUUCCGACUGGGCCAGCCGUGGGAAGGACAGUCAGGAGACGAGUCAGCCGGAUGACCGCAGUAUGGAAACCCACAGCCGCGAGCAUUCCAAAGAAUUCAAGCUGAAGGCCGAGGAUGACAGCUAUGAGCAUUCCGAUGUGAUUGAGAGUCAGGAUAAUUCCAAAGUCAGCCAUGAAUUCCACAGCCAAGAAUUCCAUAGCCGCGAAGACAAGCUAGUCUCAGACCUUAAGAGUGAAGAAGACAAACACCUGAAACUUCGUGUUUCUCAUGAAUUGGAUAGUGCCUCUUCUGAGGUCAAUUAAAAGGAGAAAAAUACAGUUUCCUACUUUGCUUUUAGUAAAAAGAAAAAAAUACAUUAUAGCAGAGUGGGACAGAAUAUGAAAUGCUUAUUUCUCUGCUUAGUUGGUAAAUAUAUGUGUGUGUGGAUCUGGAAACAGAUCAUGGUUUUGAUCAUUAGUGUAGUGUGUGACUUGAUGGUAACACCCUUGCACACUAAAAGCUUCAGGGUUUAGCCUAUGUUCUUUCCAUAUAAGAAAUGCAAACCAUCAUUGCAUUUUAAUGUUUGCUACCCUUUUAUGAAAAGAAGUUUAUGUAGAAGCAAAAAAAUCCUUUUACACACUUGAGAACAUAAAAUUUCAUGUCACUAUGAUCUUUUGUUUUUUAAAUUAGUUUAUAUUUUGUUGUGAUUAUUUUUGUUGGUGUGAAUAAAUCUUAUAUCUCGAAUGUAAUGAGA